AUGACACAAUGUAAUCCGGUAUCUACUCCCGUUGACACUAAUGCCAAGCUCAGUGCCUCGUCCGGUGAUGAUUUUGCCGACCCAACUCUUUACCGCAGCUUGGCAGGUGCGUUACAAUAUCUCACCUUUACACGUCCCGACAUCAGUUACGCGGUCCAACAAAUAUGCAUGCAUAUGCACACCCCUAAAACGGGCCAUUGGCUAGCUCUGAAACGGAUCAUCCGGUACAUCAAAGGUACUGUCUCAUUCGGCUUAACACUCGGCCCCACUGGCUCCAAGUCCCUCGUUGCCUACACGGACGCCGACUGGGCUGGCUGCCCUGACACCCGUCGGUCGACUAGUGGAUAUUGUGUUUAUUAUGGCGACAAUCUUAUUUCGUGA